GAGUGGUAUGGUAGCUGUAGGGACAUACAAAGGUCUUGUUCAAAUAUGGGACAUUAAUGCUUCUUCGCCAAAACGUGUAUCAACCAUGGAAGGACAUUCUGCUAGAGUUGGUGCRUUAGCAUGGAACGGGGAUACACUUUCAUCAGGAAGUCGAGACAGACUCAUUUUACAAAGAGAUAUACGAACACCAUCUUCUAUCGAAGCAAGACUUGUUGGUCAUAGACAAGAGGUUUGUGGUCUCAAGUGGUCCCCUGACAGACAACAUUUAGCUUCAGGAGGCAAUGAUAAUAAACUAUUAGUAUGGAGUCAAUCAAGUACCACUCCUCAACAGCAGUACAGUGAACAUACUGCAGCAGUUAAAGCAAUAUCAUGGUCACCACAUCAGGUUGGUAUUAGUUGAAGAUGAAAUGAUNCAGGCAGUCCAACCCUUGAAUUUUUUUCUAAUUCAGCAUGCAAGAGGUGGGCUGCCUGUGGUAAAGUUUGCAAUCUUGCCUGGUCUAAACACUCUAAUGAACUAGUUAGYACACACGGAUAUUCACAAAACCAGAUUCUAGUGUGGAAAUAUCCAUCACUUACUCAAGUAGCAAAACUCACAGGGCAUUCCUACAGAGUAUUGUAUUUGGCCGUUUCCCCAGAUGGAGAAGCAAUCGUCACUGGAGCUGGAGAUGAGACCCUUCGCUUCUGGAGUGUUUUUAGUAAGGCACGCUCGCAAAAGGAGUCCAAAUCAGAGCUGAAUUUAUUUUCAAGAAUUCGGUGACCAUAUACAUUGUAUAUUUUAUUAUCUUGUAGUUGUACAGUCAAAAGCCAUAAGAAUAUUUGUAAAUAGAGGUGUGUUAUAGCUAGAGAGGGUUUAUACAGUUAGAAUAUCACUUUUAGCAAAUUGUUUAGUUCGAAUUAUGUAAGAAUAAUAAGAAAUAAUUGUGACAAAAAUAUGUGAAUACUAGAAUAUAUUGUAUUGCCAUCAGAUUCUGAAUAAAAGAAUAAACAAUAGUGUAUUGAAGCCUAA